CGAUACCUCUUUCUAUAAGGCCUAACGCGGGGCGGAGCAUGCCGCAUUUGGAUUCGAGCCUUUCGUUGUGUACACGGGGCGUACCAGGCUCUGGGGGGGCAGCGUUAUUUAUCGCGAGCAAGUGCCCAGCAUUUCUACUGCUUUACAGUCCUCGGAAUCCGGCCAAAGUCUAUUUCUCAAGCUCUAGUGCAAUGGGGGAGUUUUGUUAGCAGCCGAGUAUCUCAGUGCUCACGCGACCCGUCGCCUUCUUGCGAGGAUAGUCGCAGCCAAUCAGAACGAAUUCGCAGCCUCCCAACAUCUUCGACGGCCUCAUCUAGCAAGAUGAGCCGAAAACUCCCAGGGCUCGCGCUUGUUGGCUCACGCCUCGCCAACCGACGAUUCAUCUUCACUCUCAUCGCCUUGGCAGUCUGCGGCGCCAAGGGUGCACACCUUCACAACCACCGAUUUUCAGUAGCCCCGAAGCGAAUGCUGCUAUUCUUCUUUUCCUUCUUUACCCAGGACAUACUGCUUCUCCUUUUCAUCAGGCUUCUCCUGAGCCACUGGUUGCCCAGUGUCCCGGGCAAGCUACGCGCUCUCGUCACAACCAUCACCGGCUGUUUAAUAUCCUACAAUGUCGUUCUCGGUAUUGUAUCCGUUUCCUUCUACAUCGUCGCCGGAUCAGAGAUCCAUUGGCGGAACAUAGGCUUUGUCGCCGACCCGACGUCGAGAGCCAUUCUUCUCUCCGGGCUCAUGACCUUUAUCGUGGUCGUGUGCGUUGCUCUUUUUUUAAGCGGGCUACUCCAAUGCGCCUGCUACGGGCUGUUUGGACUAGGUGCAGACAUUGUCAAUUGGCCCAUCGCCUUUGUUGGACGUACACUGGAUCCCUACGUAAGCUUUCGAAAUAGCUACCGCGACAUCCCCGAACGAUACGUCAGGUACCAGUCAAGGUACCAGUUCGCCAAGGAUGACGACGAUCUGAGCUAUGGAACCUACCUCGAAUACGACGAGAAACCAAAAUUCUCAUCGCUCUCCUCGCCGCUUCUAUCAAGUGAAUAUGAUACACGCGAAACUCCAACGUGGCCAUCAACCAAGCGAGCCCUGCACGCUUUGCCGCACGUCGUGGUCACCAUUCUGCUCACUGCUCUCUUCAUCCUGUCAUUUUUACGGCCGAAGGACUCUUCCUUGAUUUUUCUCUCGUGGACCAGCGGACUUUUGCCAUUUAUCGACUUUGCUUCGACAUCACCAUUUCUCGAUGACUUGCCUUCUUACUUCGGAAACGGCAUCCAGCGUGGUUGGGACGAGCGAUCAGCCCUCACCCGACCGACGUCUUAUAGCUGGAUGCCAAGGGACACACCACUUGCAGGGUUUGAGGAUUGGUAUACGAAUCAGACGCACUAUGACGCCGCCGCGGACCCGAUGAAGAUUUCUAACCUCGAUGAGCCCUUGCUGCAAUCAUUGCGCGGCAAGCUGAAAGACAUUUCAGUCCGACACGUUGUCAUCUUUCUGCUCGAAAGCACCAGAAACGACGUGUUCCCUAUCAAAAAGGACAGCCUGAUCUGGAACCGCUUCGCCGAGACAUUUCCUAACCACCAACUUCCUCAGGAGGUCCAAGACAAGCUGGCCAAUCUGACUCCGACCGCCAACUUCAUUACGGGCGACUAUGAUGAUGGAUUUGAACAUGACGAAAAGAAAAAGCGCGGUGGAGUCCGCUUCACCAACGCCCACAGCGCCGGAACGUAUACACUCAAGAGCAUGGUUGGCGCAGUCUGCGGCGUGGCGCCAUUGGUUGGUGACUUCAACCUUGAACACAGUCAUCACAUCUACCAACCGUGUCUGCCCCACGUUCUCGAAGCCAUGAACAAUGUGGAAGGGGCCCAGACGGAGACAGCCGACCGGGAGUCAAAUUGGAAGUCGUAUUAUUACCAGGCGGCGACGCUUGACUACGACAACCAGAACAACCUGAUGGCGGCGAUGGGCUUCCCGAAAGAAAACACAAUCGGUCGAGAGUACCUUCGAAGCUCAGCCGCAAAACACGGCCCUGUCACGCUGGCAAACAUUAACGAAUUCGCCUUCGAGGAGGACCCGCUUGAAGACUACAUCAAUGAUAUUUUUGCUGAUGCCAACGACAACAACGAUCGAGUGUUCCUUACACAUCUCACGAGCACCACGCACCACCGCUUUCACAUGCCUGCAAAAGAGCCAUACGUGCCAAUGGCCAGGGGCCUUGAUAUGAUGUCUCGUUAUAUCAACACGGAGGGUUACGGCGAUAAAUGGAUUCGCAAGGUUCUCAACGUCCUAGACAAGCAAGGCGUCGCCAACGAGACCUUGGUCAUCUUUCUCGGAGACCAUGGCGUCUCCCUACCCGAAAACAACUUCGCCUCUCCAUACUACAACCCUAGUAUCGGCGUCGAUCACGUCCCGCUGGUUCUUUCACACCCUCAACUACCGGCCUUUGACGCCCACGACGCUGUCCACUCUUCCCAAGUCCUGCCUACGAUUCUUGACCUCCUUCUCGAGACCGGAUCCUUGAGCAAGGCGAGCCGGCAAGCUGCGAUUGAUCUGAUCCAUACCUACGAAGGCCAAUCUCUUCUGCGACCGCUGAAUGUGGCCAAUAACGAAACCGGCCAAGGACAAUGGCAAUUCACCGUUACAAACCCGGGCCGAGCUAUGCUAACCGUCCGCGACGCCCGAUAUCCCGAACGACACCUUGUCGUCCCUGUUAUCGAGAACGUCGACUGGCGGCUGAGCAAUCUCACCGCCGACCCUCACGAACACCAUUCAGUACAGAGCUUGGACUUUGUGACAUUCUUGCAGGGCGUGGAGGAGCGGUACGGCCGCGAGGUGGCGGAGUGGGCCGAGGAGGGCGCGUUUAUCACCCGUUGGUUUGUUAAGGAGAAUAGCAAGCGCUGGCGUUUUGAUCACAAGGGGUAAUGCAUCUAACAGCGGGCGACCUGGAUUGUUUUUGGUUAUAGAUUUAAUGCAUCAACGAGUUCUUUUUUUCCUUUUCAAGCGCGCGGGAGAGGGCUGUAUUAUACAUAAAUUAGACACUGCUCUAUAGAAAUUUACGUAUCAUGGCAUCAG